CCCCGGCCCCAGUUUCGUUUUUUCCAGACCCAGUUUCGUUUCUCCAUCCCCAGUUUCAUUUCUGGCUGUUCGGAGCAGCGGCGGACGCGGCGAUGGCGACGCUGGAGCCGGAGCUGAGCCUGGCGGGGCUGGAGGAGGAACUGACCUGCUGCAUCUGCCUCUGCCUCUUCAGCAGCCCCGUGACGGUGCCCUGCGGCCACAACUUCUGCGCCGCCUGCCUGGAGCUCAGCUGGGCCGGGCUGUCGGAGGGGUUCAGCUGCCCCCAAUGCCGCACCACCUUCGCGGGCCGCCCGAAGCUGCAGAAGAACACGGUGCUGUGCCGGGUGGUGGAGCAGCUCCAGGGCCGCGCUGGGGCCGGGGGUGAGGAGCAGCAGGAGGAUGGAGGAGCGGCAAAGUGCGAGGCGGAGGAGCCCCCCGUGUACUGCGACAGCUGCCGGGAGGCGCCGGCCGUGCAGACCUGCCUGACCUGCACCGCGUCCUUCUGCGCCGAGCACCUGCGGCCGCACCGCGACAGCCCCGCGUUCCGCGACCACCAGCUCUGCCCGCCCCUGCGAGACCUCCAGUACCGCAAAUGCCCCUCGCACAACCGGCUCUUCGAGUUCUUCUGCAGCAAUCACGGCACCUGCAUCUGCUCCCUCUGCCUGCUCGGGCACAAGGUGUGCCACACCAGCGCCUUGGAGCAAGCUAAAGCCAAUGCCCAGGUGAUGCUGAAGAAGAAACUCAUGAUGCUGAAUAAUCAGACUGAAAGAGCUGCUCAGGCAAUGAGCACUGUGAAAAACAACCAAAGCCAAUCUGCUGAGACAGCUUCCAGAAAGAAGGAUUUGAUCAGAAGUGAGUUUUCAGAAAUUAAAGCUAUAAUUGAAGAAAGAGAAAAUGAGAUCAUGAAAGCAAUUGCAGAUGAAGAAAAGAGAGUUUGGAACAAAUUUGAUUAUAUUUACGGUGUUCUGGGAAAUAAGAAGAAUGAAAUUCAGUCUCUCAGAGAUCAGAUUGAGACGGCGCUGACUGAAAGCGAUGAUGUUCUGUUUAUGAAGAGAGCAGUAGCACUGCAACGAGCAUCACCAAAAGAGGCUUUCGUUCCUGUGGUUGAAAUGGACCAAAAUGUGAUGAAUUCCACUUAUAAGUUUGCCGUUAACCUCAAACAAAUACUGAAAGUUGCAGUGGUUCAGUAUAAGGAGAGAAAAGCAGAAGCCACACCUGGGAAAACUAUGGGCCCUCCAGUGGCUCCUAGAGACAAAACCCCUGUUGGAAGAAGGCCUCAUGAACGACGUGCUCUCUCACGAGAGCGUGUCCUUGAAGAGAAAACCCCUUCCCACACUCCUGCCACUCCGCAGGUGAAGGAAAAUACCAAGGAGAAAAAGAAACCUGCUAAAGUUGCACCAACCCCAGCACCAAAAACUGCAACUGCUGCUGCUGCAACUAAAGAGCUUAUUGACAGCUUUCUGAAGAAAUCCAGAGUGGAGCUUCUGCAGUAUACUGCUAAAAUCACCCUGGAUUACAACACAGCUCAUAACAACGUGAUGCUGUCUGACAACUACACCAGGAUGUCCGUCUCAGACACCUUCAUGGGUCACAACCCCCACCCUCAGCGCUUCACCGACUUCCGCCAGGUCCUGGGGUUCCAGUGCUUCAAGAAAGGGAUCCACUACUGGGAGGUGGAGCUGCAGCAGAACAGCUUCUGUGGCAUCGGGGUGUGCUACGGCAGCAUGGCCCGGCACGGCCCCGAGAGCCGCCUGGGCAGGAACAGCAGCUCCUGGUGCAUCGAGUGGCUCAACAACAAAAUAUCAUCCUGGCACGAUGACGUUGAGAAGUGCUUACCCAACACCAAGGCCACCAGGAUUGGUGUGCUGCUCCACUGUGAGGGGGGCUUUGUGAUCUUCAUGGCGGUAGGGGAGAAGCACAACUUGAUCUAUAAAUUCAAAGCCGAGUUCACCGAGGCCUUGUACCCUGCCUUCUGGCUGUUCUCCAGUGGCACUGUGCUCUCUCUCAUUUAAAGGAAACAGUAAGGUCUCGUAUCUUAGUUUAGUUCACCUAAGUACUUAUAUGCAGGUAAUCAAACCCAAAGUCUCAAAGAUUGAUUGUUUGAGGCAAAAAUUAUUAGCUCUUUUAAGCAGUUUGGGAAAUCUGCCGAUUCUUUGGUCUGAAGCCUUUAGAUAGUGAUUUAGCAAAAUGAUGAUGAUAGUAAAAACUACAAUGAAAGGUUUUGCAAAGACUUUGAUUGCCCUAAAAUCAAAGUCAUGGUAUGAACCAUUAUUAAAUGUCUUCAGUAGCUGCUGUGGCUUCUGUGGUUGGCUGUAAAGGAGCUCCAGAAUUAAUGUGUUCCACAGGUAACCAUAACCCCUUUGAGAAAGAAACAGGAAGAAUUCCUUGACAAAUUCAGGUUCCAGGCUUUGAGGGAGCUCUCAGUGUUGCCUUUUUGUCUAUACACAGACUGUUCUUCAUACACAGAUUCUCAGUGUAUGACUCCAUGAGAUGCUACAGAAAGAGCUACUGAAAUCAGUAAGUCCAGGUCUUAUGGCACAAAGUUGUAAAAGCCAAUAUGACAGAUCUCAUCAGAAUGGAAAUGCAGAGACUUCUAGAGUUGAUGGGAAAGAAAUGGUGUUAAAAUCACCAGGGAAUAAAUGACAUUGACUCUGGGAAUACACCAGAGAGUCUUCAGGAAGACAUCCUGCAGAGCAGUGAUGUGUGUCCUGUGAUAACACAGUCUGUGGGAUGAAGUAUUCUGUGUCAUCUACUGACCCAGAACAUGCUUCACAUCUUCACACUGAGGGCUCUUUAGUGUUGGGGUUUUUUUUGUGUGCUGAGGAGUUCAGGGGGUGCAUUUUUGGCUUGCACAUGGAGCAUAAAUCUGCUGUUUACUUAAAGCAGGGUCUUCUGUCAUAAAGCUUUUCCUUUUUGUGAGGUGGGAUAUUCUCUGCUGGUGUAUCUUUAGUUGUUCAGGUGGUAGAAACUGGAUUUCUUGUAUUUUUUGGGACUCUGAUUUGAGGAGUCUCAAGACGUGCACAGUACCUGGAAAAUGCUGUUUCUUCUCUGCAUGAAGCCUGUGGGCAGACAGGUGAGUCCUUUGAAACAUGGAGGGAAUUAGCAAAAAGGAGAAUAUACAUCCAUUCCUACUGGGAUGGAUUUUUAAUUCUCCUGGCAUUCUUUGCUUUGGGUUGUGGUAUGUCUUCAGAAGUUCUGUGUACAGAGGAAUCUGUACUUCCUUCUUACAAUCUGUAGGCAAUCAAGGUAUUUGGAUCUCAGAGUUAUUGGGUCUGUAUCUUGUUGAUGCCUCUGGACUUACUGUGGUAGCUCCUAUUUCUUGUAGCCCAUGAAGAACAGGGAAGCUCACGUGAGAGACUUCCUGGACUUUGAUUUGUAAAACUCCCCUUGUGGGACUUGGUGAAAUAGAACACAAAGCCACUGCUGGCACUUUGGCAGGGAAUUGUUAGAAGGCUUAAAAGACCCUCUGUGAUACAUUCCACAUUAGCCAAAAUGCUUUGGAGAGAGGCUUUCAGGGCUUGGUGUCUCUGUUUUCACUUGGUUUGUACUUUGUCAAGGAUAGCAUAAGUUUGAUUUCUUCCAUUUCUUUGGUCAAGAUAGGAUAUGGAAUUGAUGGUGGAUCUAAAAGUGCCACAGCUGUCUCUGGAGCAGUUGUACUAUUUCAAGGGUCUCCACUCUCCAAAGCACAGUCAGCACUGAAACUGUCAACCUAAGCAGAACUCUUUAAAAGGUGUGGAGGGAGGAUAUGUCCUGCUGGGACCCAACAAUGAAUGACAGACUGGGUUUUCUGCCCUUCCAGUUUGUCAGCAUUGAGGGACAAGAGCAGUUUCCUCUGAGAAAUCCUUUAUCUGCUUGGCAGUGCCACGGGGCUGCAGAUCCACUUGUAGGUGCUGAAGAAUACUCUGUCCCCUUGGGACGAGGAUUUGUGCAGGAGAGAAGGUCCCCAUUCUCUGUUGCCUCUUGAUUUAAAAGGGGUGUCAGUACUGACCUCUAAGUCUUUGGGCUUCUGUAGCCACAGUCUGGAGUGACACUCAAAGUCAAGAGCAGCUUUUAUUCUGGACAAGGUGGGAAUUUUUGAAAUGUGACAUUGGUGAGUGACCAACAGUAUGGAAGACAUAAGGUGUCCUGGAUUACGAGGCAGUGAAACAAGCCUGCCACUGUACUCCUGAUCCUAUUUUUUGCUUUCUUUAGUGCUAUGAAUGACUAGAAAUCAUAGAGGGAAAUUCUGUUAGUUUGGAAUGAAAUCAGAAAUAUGUAAUGGAAUCGCUGGAUUUCUGAAAACUCUUGUUUUGGUUAGCUUCAGAUAUCUUGGAUAUAUUGAAACAUUAGGGUGAUAUAAUAUUAAGAAAAAUAUUAGUUACAGCAUAAUAAGUGAUGAUUUAAAAACCUUUUCAACACAACUUAAGUGGUUGUACUUAGGCAGUAACUAUCAAAGCUAUACUGGUUUUAA